AUGUUCUCGCCAUUCAUUGCUUCGAUAGCUUUCGCACUCUUCGCGAUUCCGGGCUCGACCUUUCCUACAACAUUACACCAUCGCAGCGCACUCGACAAGCCAACAGCUGCCAUUCGCAGCCGCGAAGCUAGGCCAGAUGCAUCAUUGUCAGCGCGGCGAGUGUCCACCGAGUUGAUAAGUCCCAUUCAUAGCCGUCAAACUAGCGAUCUCGGCGCUCCAGUUCCAGUCCCGGGAACCGACUUUUUUGUCGAAGUCAGACGUGGCAUAUAUCAUGAAACCCUAGACCGGUAUGCCAUGUCUCGUCUACUGAGCAGUUUCAUCACUCAUCUUGAGCGUUCUGGAGAUCACUCGAUGACCGUACCUGAGGUGUGGAAAAGCAAUUGGUCCCACCUGGAGGUCGUCUUCCGUCCAGAGAGAACCACGGGUCCUUACUCGUUCAGGUAUAGCGGAGCUGCACGUGUCGUCGUUGUGUUGAAGAGGCUCGUUGACGAGGGGCAAUUGACUACAAACUUCGAGUUCGUCGUCGGAACUGAGGGGUUUGCUCUUGUGCUGGCGACGGGAGAGCUGGAUGCGACCGCUGGUGUUGUUGAUGUGGGCUAG